AUGCGUGCGAACUACGAUACAAAGGCAGUAGUCAUAUUACCGGCUCUCUCGCUUCAACAUCCGGGAAUCAUGGAGGGAACUGGUAAAGAGCAAUCUCUUGGCGUAAAACCUACCGGUCAGGAGGAAUCCUCUGCUUCGGCAGCAAUUCUCAAGACAAGCACUGCAGAGCCGACAACACAACCGACACAACCACAACCAGGGGAAGCCAGGAGAUCUAUAACUCCUCCCAAGACAGCUACUGCAGAGUCACCACAAGCUAUCAGUCCUCCUCGUGAGCCAUCAGGUAGUCCAGCUGGCCUUACCAUUACAGUUGACGAUGAUUUUGAUGAUGACUCGGCAUUCGGAGAUGACACGCAAUCGUAUGUCAAAAUCCAAGAGGAGCUCCCGAUGCAGCGUCUAAGCGUUUUAACAUGCGACAGUGAUACAACAUCUCUCGCUUCUGAAAUUACCAGAGGAUAUGUAGAAAAUGGAAGAAAAUAUCAAUCGAUGAAAGAGCACGAGUAUUGGGGUCCAUCUGAUGACAAGCAAUUCGAGACCUUUGAACUCGGAACAUCCUGGAUAUCGGGACUGGCAGCGGUGAAUGGGCUAUGUAUAUUUCCCACUCCCGCACCUCUCAGCACUACUGACUCUCAACAAGUGAAACAGCCGAUAAAUACCAAUCAGGCAUAUACCAAUGGUCGCUUCUUUUCCAGCAGAACUAUGAUACUGACAAGUCCUCCAGCAACCGUAUAUGGAAUAGACCUCUAUCCCCCACCCGCACCCUGGUGUCCACCAAACUGUGUAUUCCAGGUUGACGACGUAACUCGAGAAUGGACAUGGCACAAAAAGUUCGACCUUAUACACCUGCGCCUUCUACUUGGCGCCUUCACACCUGACGAGCGAGAUGGCGUAUACCAAGCAUGUUAUGAGAAUUUACUGCCAGGAGGUUGGAUCGAGGAAGUGGAGCUUGAUGUCCGCAUCAUGUCAGACGACGACUCCCUAAACCCAGAAGGCUACCUCGCGGGCUGGGGUCCCAAUUUCCUCGGCUGUGCUGAACGAGCAGGCCGCCCCCUCAACACCCAACUAACCAUGAAAGCCUCCAUUGAAAAAGCCGGCUUCACGAACGUGCAAGAAAAGCUCUACAAAUGCCCCAUUGGCGCCUGGCCCAGGGACAAGAUGUACAAGGAUGCGGGGAAAGUGAAUAUGGAGCAUUGGAAGACGGGGUUGGAGGGUUGGGCUAUGUAUUUAUUGACAAAGUAUGGGGAGCCUACUCCUUGGUUGGCGGAUGAGGUGCAGGUUUACCUGGCGCGUAUAAGGAAGGAGAUUUCCCAACCGGGAUUGCAUGUCUAUCAUUAUACGAGACGAGUUUGGGGUCAAAAGCCCUUGGAAUAA